UAUGUGGAAAAUGGACAUUGUCAUUUGGGGGGACAGGAGGACCCCAAGCUCUAUAUCCAAGGCUUGAUCCCUCCACCCCUUAAUACCAGUUUCACAAUGAACACACAUAGAGAAUAGCAAAGAAACCCAUUUAUCCAAACAGAUACAAAAUAGAAACCAGAGAAGGUCUACAUAGGAGAAUAUAUACCAGACGGGAGUAUAUAUAUCUAUAUGACAGUGUAAAAGCCCCGGAAUUGGGAGCAAGGUAAUUCAGCUUAACCAAGACAGGGGAUCGUGGAUCUCACUCCAGGGGAAACUCACCAGUCUCUAGAGUAGCAAGCAAUAGAAGUAGGGAAGCCUGGAAGAACAAGCUGAAAAGAUGAGUUGAGUAGUUUCAUUUGGGCCAUGUUCAUUUAUUUGGUUCAUUGAGAUGCCUAUGUCCUGACACCCAGGUGGAGAUCCAAUCUCACUGCCACAUAGCUGCCAGGGGCUUCCUGUUGCACUUCAAGAAUAAAGUACAAAUGCCUCAGAAGGACCUGAAAAGUCCAGUAAACUGAUGUCCUGAAAAGGACAGUGAUUCACCCAAGGUCACAAAGGUUGUAACAGAGGAUCAAAUGAGGAAAUGUCUGUCUAGGCUGAAUUCUCAUCCUUCUUCUCAUGAACUUUUAGUUCCCUUUAACAUUCAGCUCAAACACUACCACCCACAUGAGGCCUUCCCUGACCUGCCCCUCUCCUUCCAGUCCCCUCCACUCCUAAAAUUAACUUAUUCUUAUCUUGUAUAUUCUUACGCAGGCGCCUGUUGUCUCUCUUGAUACAAGGAAACUCUUGAGACUCUACGGUGCGGAGGAGGUGUCCUAACCCCGGCUGGCUGGGUCACCGUCGGGGCGGGCACCAGCCAAGCAGCAUUCGUUACGCUCCUACUAUGUGCCUAGCUCAAGGGAGCUCUGCAAUGUUCCUGGCCUUGAUGUAAUCAGCACAAUGUCAUCAGAAAACAAGAGCAUCUGGAGGACUUCCCCAUCAACAGCAGCAGCAGCAGUGAUGCAGCAGGUGUUAGACAACCUCACCGAGCUGCCCUCGUCUGCGGGGGCAGGAGAAAUAGACCUCAUCUUCCUCAAGGGCAUCAUGGAGAACCCGAUUGUGAAAUCCCUGGCAAAGGCUCAUGAGAGACUGGAAGAUUCUAAACUUGAAGCUGUCAGUGAUAAUAAUUUGGAACUAGUGAAUGAGAUUCUUGAAGACAUCAGCCCUUUAAUAAAUGUAGAUGAAAACGUUGCUGAGUUGGUCAGCAUUCUCAAAGAGCCUCACUUUCAGUCGCUUUUGGAGGCCCAUGAUAUCGUGGCAUCAAAGUGUUAUGACUCACCUCCAUCUAGCCCAGAAAUUAAUCAUUCCUCUGUGAACAACCAGUUGCUGCCGGUAGAUGCCAUUCGUAUCCUUGGUAUCCACAAGAAAGCAGGAGAGCCCCUGGGUGUGACGUUCCGGGUUGAAAACAACGACUUGGUCAUUGCCCGAAUCCUUCAUGGGGGAAUGAUCGAUCGGCAGGGUCUUCUUCACGUGGGGGACGUCAUUAAGGAGGUCAAUGGUCACGAGGUCGGGAACAACCCCAAGGAGCUCCAGGAGCUGCUGAGAAGCAUCAGUGGCAGCGUCACGCUGAAAAUCCUGCCCAGCUAUAGGGACACUGUCACCCCUCAGCAGGUGUUUGUGAAGUGUCAUUUUGAUUACGAUCCCUACAAUGACAACCUGAUUCCCUGCAAAGAGGCAGGACUGAAAUUUUCAAAGGGAGAAAUUCUUCAGAUUGUCAACCGCGAAGACCCAAACUGGUGGCAGGCCAACCACGUUAAGGAGGGAGGAAGUGCCGGCCUCAUCCCCAGCCAGUUCCUGGAAGAGAAGAGGAAGGCGUUUGUGAGAAGAGACUGGGACAGCCCAGGGCCUUUCUGUGGAACUAUAAGCAGCAAAAAAAAGAAAAAAAUGAUGUAUCUCACCACCCGAAAUGCAGAAUUUGACCGACACGAAAUCCAGAUCUAUGAGGAAGUAGCAAAAAUGCCUCCCUUCCAGAGAAAGACGCUGGUGUUGAUAGGGGCCCAGGGCGUUGGCCGAAGAAGCUUGAAGAACAGAUUCAUCGUGCUGAACCCCACGAGGUUUGGGACCACGGUACCAUUUACCUCACGGAAGCCGAGGGAGGAUGAGAAGGAUGGCCAGGCCUACAAAUUUGUGUCGCGGGCUGAGAUGGAGGCAGACAUUAAAGCUGGGAGAUACUUGGAGCACGGUGAAUACGAAGGAAACCUCUAUGGCACCAGGAUAGACUCCAUCUUGGAGGUGGCCCAGACGGGGCGGACGUGCAUCCUGGAUGUGAACCCACAGGCUCUGAAAGUAUUAAGGACAUCUGAGUUUAUGCCCUACGUCGUGUUCAUUGCUGCUCCCGAAUUAGAGACCCUGCGUGCCAUGCACAAGGCCGUGGUGGAUGCUGGGAUCACCACCAAGCUCCUGACGGACACGAACCUGAAAAAAACGGUGGAUGAAAGUGCGCGCAUCCAGAGAGCCUACAACCACUACUUUGAUUUGGUCAUUGUAAAUGACAACCUGGACAAGGCCUUCGAGAAGCUGCAGGCCGCCAUUGAGAGACUGCGAGUGGAGCCGCAGUGGGUCCCCAUCAGCUGGGUGUACUGACAGAGGAGGAGCGAAAGGACAGCUAAGCCUUUCUGAGUAAACGUUCACCUAAGAAGCGUGUGCGGAGCUAGAUGGUACCUGCCGAGGCGAGGCAUUUUUACUCUGUAGACUGAAACAUUAGUACACGAAUCUGAAUUUUUAUAGAAAAUGUGGAAGGGGAAGUGGACUUAAAUAUGUAAUUUAUCUUGAUUUUUCUAACUUUUUACAGAUAACCUUUCUAUUCAUAUCACAGAGAGAAAUGCGUUGAAGCAUUUUGUAUAUGUUUUGAUUUAGCAUUUUUGCCUUUUUCAUCCGAGUUUUCCAAUCAUUCACUUCAACAGUGCAUUUUGGUCUCAUAUUUUCACUGUGAUAAUGGAUACUUGAAGCAGUUUUUGUAAAACCCUCAUUCUAGUUCUGUUGUCAGUUAUUCUUAUUAAGGGAAAACACUAAUUAUGAGCUGUCAUCCUAAUUGAAUUUCUUAUGAGAGCAGAAUGCCAAUAACCAGUGCCAUAACCAGCAUCCCGUCACGUCCCUCCGGGUCUGCUUUCUGCUGUCUUGGAGAGGCAGGGCUGGUUGCCCAUCGUAUUUCACACAGACAGUAGGUCCCCUUCGUGGUGGUGGGGGCCCUCUGCUUCAAGGCCAGCCUUUUCCCAGCAUUCAUUGUGGUGAGAGGAGGUACUGCUGCUCACCUGUACCUGGUACAGCGUGGCUAGCAAGAAGAGGUGUCCCCAGGGGGAGAGAGCCCUCAGGAUUCAGGAAACGGAAGCUUAGGGCAAAGUAUUUAUUUUCACUAGUGAAAAUUUCACUGAUAAAGAAAAAAACUUUAUUUAUAAAGCUUUUUAUUAUGAUAUGGUCAGCAGUUAUAUUUUACAUCUGUAAAUUCCUGUGAUAUUUAAAGAUUCUCUUAAUUUUCCAUUUUGAGGUAUUUGUGAGUGAACCUUGUGUUUAUGAGAUGUGAUAUGAUGGGAUAUUCGUGCUGUGUCGUGUUGAGAACCAUAUCCAUUGAAUAGCUUGUGAAAGGUGAAAGGUAUUGCUCGAUGCUCUAAAUAGAUGUUCUUUAUGCAGCACGUUUCUGUUAUGAAAUGUGCUUUGUGCUUAAUGAUGGGGGGCGAGUGUUUUUGCCUCCUCGGACUCAUUCACAUCAUCAUAUGCAGAUUUCUACAUUCACAUUGGUACGCAUAGAAACCCUGCUGCAGACACGUAGAGAAGGAUGCAGGCAGCCAGCCAGACGCUUUCCUGGGGCCUGGCGCUCUGUGAUCACUUCAAAGGUGAGGAUAGGUGCCUGAAUCUCACUGGGUUUGAGGGUUUGGGGGCCGGCGAGGUGACUGCUGAAGAUUGCUUCCCGCACGGCACCAGGAAAAAGAAGACUCUGGCUGGGACCUUGUAAGAAAGAUGGAGACUUCCACUGAUCGCCUUAGGUUUCCAAGGACCAAGAUGUGCACAACGGGACAGGGUACAGAUCACCUAAAGUAGUUACAUAAUUCAUUAAGACCCUGUGCUAGCCGAGACUUCAAUUGCUAGUUAUUUUUUCAGGUCCUGUUGUUCUCUAGUCGUAACACACAGAUCCCUUUCUUGGUCUUAGGGUGGGUAUUUAACAUCUCCCAGAAAAUAUUCUCUAAAAUAGUCACAGUGUUUAAUAAGUAUCUAUUUCCACCAGUUUCUUGUCUUCUCACAACACAAGUCAGGGGACCUGUUUAGAGGUAACUCUCUGUGAUUUUAGGGUUUCCGUGUUUUGUAUUUUUUAAGAUGGCAGUGCAGUUAAGCUCAAUCACUUUCUGAUAUAAAAUGCAGCAAAAGGGAGAUUGGAAUUUGUCCCCUCUCAGGGAUGCGUUGGCCUCCUAGGAAGGAUGGCCUGGUGGGGCAGGGACUGUCUCUGGGGUAGCACCAGGACGGAGGUAACUCUGGACUCAUGGAUUAAGUUAGCCGACAUGCUGCUUCUUCAUCCCGUCGUAACGAGCUGCACCAAGUAUCUUUAGAAAGCAGUCUGUUAGGAGGGAUGCACUUCUCUUACUAAUGGUGGAUGUGCCUGCAUACCCACCUUCCCGAGAAGUGGGCUUGGAGCGGUUUCAUCUCCUUGGCUUCCUUUGCUCUCAGUUGUCACAGUGUCCUAAUCAGGGAUGGAAAACGCUGAACAUGUGGCUUUUUUAGGCAAGAUGGCCACAAGGACGGGGCUCAGCCACCUGGUGAGUGUCUGGGGACCUCACAGGGCCAAAGGGAAGCCCUGAGGGCCAGCCCACCUCUGCUCCUCAGCAUUGUGACCUGGACCAAACCCAUCUGUAAAAUGAGGCCCUUCUAGCUCCACACCCUUGAUCCUAGGGUAUGUCUUUAGGGCACUCCAAGAGCCUCCUUUCUGCGAAAAGGGAACCAAAUUGUGGGUUUCCUUCCACUCCCUUUAGGAUUGCCAAACCACCUAGGGCCAUGCCUCACAGCAGAGCAGCUCCCAUAUGGUGGGCCCCCCAGUCACCUGAUGAGGACUGUAGACCCAGAGGGGUUGGCCUUCUGCACUGGUGUUGGAGGCUUCUCCAGGGGCCGGCUAUCCAAAUGGUUCUUGGAGGACACAUGGAUGUUACGUGCCCUUGGGAGUAGAGCCAGGAGCUGUAGGGAGCUUUGAUGAUAAGGGAAUGGUUCGAAGUGAUUCCAGACGCUCUGUGUGAAGGGCCAUCUUGGUAAUGGGUUGGAAGGCUACUUGGGACCAGAUGCUGACUUAAUCUGGAAGGAGUCAUUGAGAUUGAAGGUCAUGUAUUAGAAAUCUCCCUUAAAUGAGGAGAGGCAGCAAUGUGGACCAUCAUGUUUUUAUCAAGUGGGAAAUAGAAUUUGAACGGUCUUUUGAAAUAUAUAAACAGCCUCGAAGAUGAUUUUCCUUGGUGAAGAUGCCAUUGGCCCAUAGGAGGAGCUGUGUUUGGACCAAAAUACCUUUCCUUCUGGCAGCUAGCUCCAUUGGGACUUCAUUGUGGUGUGAUGUGGUGUGCACUCAUGCCAAACUGUGCUUGCCCCUAAAAUAGAAAUGGUGUUGUCCAAUGCAACAAUCAGUGCAGUGAUUGACCCAGACCACACGAGGUGUUGCUUUUUAUUGCAGCUGGCUUGUCAGUCUGAAUUUUUAUUUAAAACAGCAAACAAAUCAGGGCAUGAAGCAUUUCCUGAGGAGAGGCAAUAGCCCAGGUACGGGAAAUCAGGUUCACAGCCAGGUUGGUCUGUCUGGGCUACUUUGACGUUUCAUCAUGAGCCAUAGAAGACAUCCCCUUCCCAAAAGCUCAUGGUAACAUCGAGCUAAUUAUGUAUCAGCAUGUACCAUAUGCCAAAGGACUCUCUUCACUCAUUAGGCAGGACCACAGCUUCCCGGGAAGGAGCGAUGGCCAUGGGCUCAUGCACACUUGUUAACUGAUGAGGCUUUGCAGGUCAAAAGCCUUGGAAACUGGCCAGAAAUAAUCCAUCAUCUCGCCUGCUGUUUGACUCCUGACACCCCCAGUUUGAGGGUCUGGAUUCUUUUUCUUUACCCAAAACCUAACAUUGUUGUAUUUAAAUAACUGUCAGGGGUUCUGAAAAUUAUUCUGUGCUAAUGAGGAGGAGGCAGUUCUGAAAUUCUAUGUAAAGAGAUAACUGCUCAUUUUUUUCAGAUGUUGCCAUGUUUCAUAUACAUACUGUGUGUAUGUAUAUGUAUGUACACACACAUAUGUAUCAUCAGAUUGUAUAAAAUAACCAAAUUCUAUCUCAGAACUGAUGUCCCAUAAAGUGUCUCAUGCAUAAUAAAAUUGAACAUCUAAUCCCA